CACUAUUCUACUAUACGUCGUUGAGUCCUUAAAUUUCUGCAAGGUAUCCCUACACACUCAAGAUGGGUAGGGAGGACAAAACAACAUGGAAGUCUAAUUAUUUCACCAAGCUUGUACAACUAUUGGACGAUUAUCCCAAAUGCUUUAUUGUGGGAGCAGACAAUGUUGGAUCCAAACAAAUGCAACAGAUCCGCAUGUCAUUACGGGGAAAUGGAGUUGUUUUGAUGGGUAAAAAUACUAUGAUGAGAAAAGCUAUUCGUGGCCAUGUCGAACGGAAUGCUGCACUAGAAAAAUUACUACCUCAUAUCCGUGGUAAUGUUGGAUUUGUCUUUACUCGGGGAGACCUAAUUGAAGUGAGAGAUAAAUUACUGGAGAAUAAAGUACGAGCACCUGCUAGAGCUGGCGCCAUAGCACCUUUGAGUGUUGUCAUCCCCGCUCAGAAUACAGGACUUGGUCCUGAAAAGACUUCAUUUUUUCAAGCUUUAAGUAUACCAACUAAGAUUUCUAAAGGAACUAUUGAAAUUAUCAAUGAUGUACACAUUCUCAAACCUGGCGACAAAGUGGGAGCUUCUGAGGCUACACUUCUCAAUAUGCUGAACAUCUCCCCUUUCUCAUACGGAUUACUUGUUGAACAAGUAUAUGACUCUGGUACCAUCUUCGCACCCGAGAUUUUGGACAUUAAACCUGAAGAUCUCCGUGAGAAAUUCUUGGCUGGUGUUGCGAAUGUAGCCUCGAUUUGUCUGGCGAUUAGUUAUCCCACAAUCGCUAGUGCACCGCACAGUGUUGCUAAUGGUUUCAAGAAUCUGUUGGCCAUUGCUGCUGUUACUGACGUCGAAUUUGCGGAAGCUGCUACAAUCAAGGAAUACAUCAAGGAUCCAAGUAAGUUUGCUGCUGCUACUGUAGCGGUUCAGUCAGAUGCGACCGUCGAUACUCCCGCCGCAGAAAAGAAGGAAGAGAAAAAAGAGGAAUCCGAAGAGUCCGACGAUGACAUGGGCUUUGGAUUGUUUGACUAAAAACCUGAUUACAGUAUAUGUAUCUCGUUUGUAAUGUCAAAUAAAGUCUGAUGUGAACAAUUUUUUUUUUAA